UCCAUGAUGGGAAAUAUAAAAUUCAUGAAACAUGAGGGUAGCAGCUUGUUGACAUGUAGUGUAUAAAUAUGUAGCUAUAGAAAGUCAAUAGGUACUCCUCAAAUGGCUAUCAACUCAAACUUGUUUCAUGGCUUCAUUUGCAUUUUGGUUGCAAUAAUAUUAUUAGGGUGUGUUGAGUGCAAUAGAAAACUAGCUGAUACGGCAUCCCUCUUUGUGUUCGGUGAUUCGAUACUGGAUCCUGGAAAUAAUAAUUACAUCAACACUACUAGUGAUUAUCAAUCAAAUUGGUGGCCUUAUGGUGAAUCAUUCUUCAAAUAUCCAACUGGUAGACCAUCUGAUGGGCGUCUCAUAUCUGAUUUUAUAGCGGAAUACGCUAAUUUGCCACUCAUUCCAUCUUAUUUCCAAAUUGACAAGGAAGGAUUUAUUGAUGGAGUCAAUUUUGCUUCAAGCUUAUCUGGUUCUCUCGUGGAAACCAACCGUGGUCAUGUAAUAAACCUUAAAACACAAUUGAAAUAUUUCAAGAAGGUGACAAAAUUGUUAAAUAAUAAAGUGGGAGACAAGCAGUCCAAAAAACUCAUCUCAAAUGCUGUUUACAUGUUUAGUACUGGAACAGUUGAUUAUGGUGAAGCUUUUCGAAGAAGCCCUGAUUUAAUUCACUUUCCAUAUCCUAAACAACAAUUUGUAGAAAUGGUAUUAUCAAAUUUCACAUCCGUUUUGAAGGUAUAUAUAUAA